AUGAAAGAUUAUGAGACUGUUGUUUUAGAUGGCAGUGGUAGCGACAAUGACAGUGAUACUAACAACAACAACAACAACAACAACCAACAAGAUACAUAUAAUGGAGUAAUUAUUGAUGACUCGAAUAAUCAUCAUCGAAUGAUAACUGGUGGUGGUGGUAGAUGUCCAAUGUUGAUGAAUAAUAGUAAUCUUAGUCUAAGCAAUACAAAUACAAUAGAAUUAAAUAUAAAUACGAAUAAUAAUAAUAAUGGCAACGAACAACCAACAUAUAAAACAUUUUUAAAAUUACACAGAUUAAAUCAUAAUAUAACAUACUCUAAUAUCAUUGGAAGUUAUCUGGCAUCAUUCCUUUCCAUUUGUUUCUUUGUAUUUAUCAAUGUCGCUCAACCAAUCAUCAUUACAAAUAUAUUUCAUUUAGAUCAAGAUAAUCAAGGUGCAAUUAGUGGAGAUUUAACAUUUUAUAAUGAAAUUGUUAUAUUGGCAACAAGUCAUAUGUGGGGAUUACUAAGUGACCGAUUUGGAAGAAGAAUUGUAUACUGUAUGGGAAUGUUGUUGAUGGGUGCUGGUUUGGUGAUUUAUCCAUUUGCAGAGGUGUAUUAUCAAUUGGUUUUGUUUAGAGCUGUAUUUGCUUUGGGUGCUGCUGCUGCUUCGAGUAUGAUAUCAGCUGUUUUGGGCGACUAUGUGGUCUUUGAAGACAGACCAUUUGCAAGUGGAUUGCUUGGUUUGUCGGCUGGUUUUGGUGCAGUGUUUGGAUCAUUGGCGUUGCUCAAGAUGCCAGACUUUUUGGAACAGAGUGCUUCAAUGAGUGUGACGACUGCGACUCAGGUGACAUAUGCCACAACUGCUGCGAUGGCGUUGGUUGGUGCGAUAGCACUGUGGUUUACAUUGCAACCAAAGGCAACUAUAUGCAACAUCAACACGGUGAUUGAUCGUGGUAUAUCGUCGUAUGGACAACCACUAUUUACCGAGCAUGUCAAACAUAUAUACGGGUUGGCAAGAGAAGGUAUUUUGGCUGCCCGUAACCCUAUCCUUUCAGUUGCCUAUGGUAGUGGGUUUUUAGCUCGAGGUGAUAGUGCUAUUGCAACUACAUUCCUCUCACUUUGGAUUUACUCUUACGACCUCAACGUCAAUGGUGGAAACAAAGCAGCUGCACUUGCCAAGUCUGGAACGAUCACUGGUAUUGCUCAAACUUGCGGACUGGUAUUUGCACCCAUCGCAGGUCUAUUGGCAAGCAAGAUUGGUCGUCUCCGUGCAAUGGUGUUGAUUGCUGCUUUUGGAGCACUUGGUUAUUUCAUCUUGGCAUUUAGCGACAGUCCUCUCACACCACUCUUUCUCGUUGCAUCGUGCAUCAUUGGAUGCACAGAGACUGGUAUGGUUGUCUCAUCAACCGCCCUCGUUGCUCAAGAAUCCCCUGCCAAUUGUCGUGGAUCAGUCGGUGGAAUAUUCUCACUCUUUGGUGCAGUCGGCAUUCUCGUUGCUGCCAAGAUUGGUGGUAUUUGGUAUGACCAUUGGAACGGGUUCCCAUUUGCUCUUUUUGGAGGUUUCAGUAUAAUCUUGGUUAUCUGGGGUAUCGUCGUCGAAAUCUAUGUCACCAUCAAGAAAAAUAGAGGUGAAAAGAUUCCAAAUGAUUCCUCAUCUUUGGUCGAAGAGGAUCAAGACCAAAAUCCACUUUUGUCAAAACUAAAAUAA